AUGGCGGAUGUUUUACAGUUUGUUGUACCAAUACGGAAUUUUCCUCGCAGACAAAGGCGAUAUCGUCACGAUAACGUGAACAUUCGAGGUUUAACUGAUGCGGAAUUGCGAAUUAGAUACAGAUUUGGUUACCAAGCAAUAAAUUACAUUACAAAUUUGCUAUACGAUGACCUUAUUCGUGACACUAAAAGAAAUUUUUCACUAAUUCCCGACGUCCAAGUUCUCAUCGCACUACGGUUUUUCGCAAGCGGAAGCUUCCUACAGGUUAUCGGAGACACAUUUGGCGUUGACAAGUCCACCGUAUCGCGAGUAGUUCGUGACGUAUGCCUUGCUCUAUCAAACAAACGAGAACAGUUCAUUCGUUGGCCUUCAAAUCAAGAAAAAGAGAAAAUAAAGAACGGGUUUUACGACAUGGCCAAUUUUCCUGGCGUUAUUGGUUGUAUCGAUUGUACGCAUAUUCGAAUCCAGGCACCACAUCUAAACGAGAAUUAUUACGUCAAUCGGAAACGCUAUCAUUCUAUUAAUGUUCAAGCAAUUUGCGACGAUCGAGGUAAAUUAUUAUACUCUAUAUGUACCAAUUAUAGUUACAAUUACUAUAGUAAAGUAGGGAUACUGUUAAUACUGGUGGAAUGCAUGGAAUACAGUCGAAAAGCAAACAUUCUUCACAUUUCAUUUAGGAAAGUUCAUAAAUCUGGUUGCCCGAUGGCCUGGAAGUGUCCAUGACAGCCAUAUAUUUCGAAUGUCACAGAUACAACAGUUUAUAGAGCAGCAUCACACAUCACUGGAAGAUGGGAUCAUAU